UUCAUUCAAAUUCUGUUAUAGACUCAUUGUUAGGCUACGUAUUUUUUGUGACCAAUAACAAAAUAAAUUAUGAAAUACUCAAUAAUAAUCAGUGCAUUUCUAUGUGUUGCGGCAAACAAUGUCGUAUUUACCGAAGAACUAAAAUCAAGCAAAGAAACGAAAGUUCUUAAACGAGUGUUCUUAAGAAAAGUGUUGAGUUAUGAAGAACCGAAUACCAAUUCGACAAAACCGGUUCCGUGGAAUAAAUUAUUGGCCAAUGUUUUAGUGAACCGAAUUAAAAUACUCUCCUUCACACCAAGUAAACAAGCGACUGACGAUAAUGUGGAAACCGCGCCUGUAAAAGAAACAUUCCUAACAAAGUGUUUCAGUGAAGUUUUGACCAUAUACAAAACUUAUAUCUACGACAAAUUCUGGUAUCGCACUGAUGGUGUGAACAGUAUAACUACACCUGCAUCUGUAGCUCCACCAAUAGGAGUUGACACGUAUUCAGACGACCCCAGCAACGAAGUCGAAAUAGUAGAACCGGCAUACCACGGUAAAAGCAUAUGCAUGGAAGGCCUUUGUAGUAAAACCAUUGAAGAAGAAGGUAAAGACACGGAGAAAACAAAUAAUGAGUGUCCGGAAGGCGAAAUGAGAAAUGCUGAUGGAAUUUGUGCAAAACUGGAUAGAUUUAUUUUAGCAGUGCCAUCUCAUUGUCCGUAUGGGUACAAAAAAGAUAGAUUGGGAUGGUGUAGAAUAGUUUGGUGAAUCGAUAUGAAACCAUUUUUUAAUGAUUGGGGAUAUUAACUUUUGGACAUGAAGUGACGGUGAAGAUGAAGCAUGAAGACAAGAGAUUAAGCAUCAUGUGAAAUAUAUUAUUAUUACUUAUUAUGAUUUAACCACUUAACUAGGUUCCUAAUAGGUAUUCAGUGAACGUCAUACAUUUUAUAUCUAACAAAUAAUAAUAAAAAUUAAGUAAUCA